AUGUCUGAGACGCAAAAUCCUGAAGAUAGAGACGUUGUACUUGGACAAGAGUCAACAGAGAAAAAAAUGGAUGAUGAGCACAAAGACACCUCAGAGAAUUCAACCCCAGUGAAAGAUACCUCCCCUGUAAAAGCUACAACUCCUGCAAAAUUAACAACCCCUGUAAAAGAUGUGACUCCUGCUAAAGUUGCGACCCCUGAGAAAGCCUCAACUCCUGCAAAAGCAGAAACCCCUGUGAAAACCCCUAUAAAGUCACCAGCAAAAUCUGAAGAUCAGGGAGAAGAGGAUGAGGAAGAUGAGAGUGAAGAAGAAAUGGAAUUGGGGACUCUAGAAAAGCCUAUUGAGACAAAUCUUGGUAAGAGAGAGCGUAAGAAGGUAGUCCGCCUAGCUACAGAAAUGACAACAACAUCUGCUGAGAAAAAAGUUGUUGAAAUACCAGAAGGCAAGGGAGACAAAUGUGGAGAUUGUGCAAUAAUUGAAUAUCACCUAAACAGGAACAAGGCAGAAGAUCUGAAAGUUCUACACAAGUUACUAUUUGGAGUCAUUGGAAAAACUCCGGAGGUGAAAAAAAAUAUCAGGAAAUUCUGUGGAUUUGCUUUUGAGGAAGGAAGUCCAGAGUAUGAGAAGAAAACAGAGUUCAUAAAAAAAUACCACUUGGCACAGAUUAAGCUGAUGUGUGAAGUGAUGGAUGUAGAGAAGAGUGGUACCAAGGAUGUUAUCGUUAAGAGGUUAAUGGAUUUUAUAAUGGCCCCUAAAGACACUGGAAAGUCCCCACCCCAACCUAAGAAGAAGGGGUCUGCGAAGAAGAAGACUAAUAAGAAGAGGAAAAGGAAACCAAAGGUGAAGAAAUCAGAAGAUGGAGCUGAUGUUGGAAGUGAUGAGGAGGAAGCUGGUAGUGAAGCAGAGGCUGAUUCUGCUGAGGGACCCCCAAAGAAAAAGAAGAAAUUAGAAAAACCUAAAAUCAAGUCACCGUCAAAGUCAGCCAAGAAAAAGACGGAGAAGAAAAAAACACCCAAGAAAACAACACCCAAGAAAUCAACACCUAAAAAGAAACCUCCUCUAGAGUUAAGUACAGACACAGACUCAGAAGAUUCUGACGACGAACCCUUAGUAAAAAAACCUGAAGCUCCGCCAUCAGAAGAAGAGAUAAAGAAAGUUGUAAAAAAAAUUCUUGAAGGUGCCAAUCUGGAAGAGGUCACUAUGAAAACUGUGUGUAAAUCAGUGUAUGCAAAAUAUCCCAAGUUUGACCUAACACAUAAAAAAGAUUUUAUAAAACAGACUGUAAAACAGAUAAUAUCCUGA